AUGGUCAAGUGCAUCGCCUCGUUUGUUGCCAUGACGGCUACUCUGACCGUCCAAUUGGCCUUUGGUAAGGUGAGUCAAGUCCAUCUCGGUGUUUCUAGCUCCGCAGUUGAUUGUCCCAAUGGUAUCGCCGUAUCCUUCGCCACGGAUGUGGCAAAGUCGUACCUGGUCACUGGUACGGCCGACGGUACCACCGUCAAGGCCGAUAGCACCUUUGUUAAAUACUCGGUGUCGGAGGCUGAGCAUAACUACGCUUACACGUCUCCGUUCCUACACACAGCACUACUGUGUGAUCUUGACGAGAUGACGAAAUAUUCGUACACUAUUGGUGACUCGGAGUUCACGGGGACGUUCGUGUCGUUGUUGCAUUCUGGCUCCGACAAGGAGGAGACCAUUCUUGGGGUGAUUGGAGACCCUGGUGAUACAACCUUUUCCGAGGCGACAUUUGCUGAACAGCACAAAACAUUCGAAGGCAAGCACAUCCAAGCUCUUGUGAUUGUUGGAGAUUACUCGUAUGCCAACGGACUGCACGCGCAAUGGGACAAUUGGUUUACAGAACAACAGUCCUUUACAUCAACCUACCCAUUGAUUGGUAUCAAUGGCAAUCACGAGACCAUCACGUCGUCAGGCCACUUGAACAUGUACCCGUACCCACCAGACAUGGAACUGGAGGCUGAGAAUUACUUGGGCUACAUCAAACGCGUGUACACACCGAUCACCGAGGAAGCUAAGAAAAAGCUGCACACCUGGUAUUCGGUAAACAUUGGUCUCAUUCACUGUGUAUUCCUGGACGACUACACCGGAUCGCGCGGCGUCAAUGCAACGGUUGUUGGCACGGACGAGUGGCUGGAGGACCGCAACAUGCAGCUUGAGUGGGUCAAGACGGAUUUGGAAAGCGUGGACCGUAGCGUUACCCCGUGGGUGGUUGUGUUUAGGCACAACCCGUACUACAACACAUGGAUCGACCACCAGUGCCAGUGCUCUCCUACCGUCUUCGAAAUCGUCGAUGCUGAAAAGUGCUGGAAUGGCACUUACUUCUCGGGCAAUGCGUACUCCGAGCCGCAGUGCGGUCAGAUGGCCAAGUUGGAGGAUGUGUUCUCGGCUAAUGGUGUGAACGCCAUAAUCUCGGGUCACGUCCACGCAUACGAGCGCACUGCCAAGAUCUUUAAAAACGUGAAGAACACCGCUAAAGGUAUCUACUAUGUGACUACGGGCUCGGGCGGCAACUACGAAGGUCACGCCAUUCGGCAUAUUCCAUCGUCGCUGGUCCCAAGCUGGUCACUUGUUUCCAACAAUGUCGAUUUCGGCGGUUCCCGUAUCAUCGCAACUCGCAAGUCUUUCCGCUUCCUCUGGUUUGCCAACAACAUCAGCACGGAGGAAGCCGUACCGACCGACGGCUUUACAAUUUUUGCCGAGGGACCGGACAUCACAACGUGGCCGCAGACCACUCGACCUCGUAAUACCACCUCUACAUCAUCAACCAUCACGAACUCAGAUACCGUGGAGCGAGAGGUCCUCGGUGACCACUGCUAA